CUAACCGAAACAGGUUAGCGACUUUAUAUGACUUUCAGAUGUACCAAAUCAGACGGCCAGUUGAACCUUCUGAAAGAUACGUUUCAGACAUCCAUUUGCUUUUGACAGUGUUUAAGUAGUCGUUCAAUCAGAGCGAUUAUGCUGUGGACUGUACAACUGCUGUACACAAAAUUAAACUCCCUAUAGUAAGACAGAUGCAACAUUACACGUCAAAGCCGUUUUAAUAUUCAGUGCUUGAUUUUAUUUACGGCUUCUACGUAGUUGUUUCGAUCUCAGUACCUACCUAGGUACAGUACUCGAAAGUUCAUUCCCAUGUACUCACGUGGCUGCUUAUGUCAUGCCUCAGCAGCGUCAUCCUCAUCCAGCGAAACCUUGCGAUUCACUUUCCACCAUUCCGAAACAACAACUCCCAUGGACUUACACACCACAACACUUCCACGAUGAUGGAAAUAACAGCUGCUUCUUCGCCGAUAGGGUCGGAGAUAUUCGCCCUAAUAUCUCUUCUGGUCAUUAGUCUUGGAGUCCUGCUUCUCCUCCGAUAUUACCUGCCCCUCCGCAGCACUCCGGCGUAUUUGACUGUUCCAAUCUUCUUUGCUCUCGGACUACCUGCGAGUAUUAUCUUACUUGUGCCAAUAGAUUUGGCCUCGAAUGCACGAAAUCAGGAUGCUGGGAGUAGAGGAAUCUGGCUGCCUGAACGGUUACUGCUAGUAUCAUGGCGCAUCUCGUACUGGCUAACUUUCGGACUGACUUGGUUCAUUCUACCUAUACUAGCAGAGUUCAGCGAUUCUGGAUAUCGCGAUCCGAAGGCCAAGCUCAUCUACUCGUUGCGCGCCAAUGCUCAGUAUCAGGCGAUUGUAUUCGCAGCAGCCAUCGCUACCAUGAUAUACAUUUUCGUCUCGUAUGGUGUACAUACAGAGUCUUUCAAAGCGACCGUCAUGGCGUUGGCAUACUGUUGGUGCUUGGUCCUUGCAAUCUACUUGAUGGGUCAUGGCCUCGUCAUGAUUCCGAGGAGCCUGUUCAGAAAUGCGAGCAUCAGUGGAAGGUUGAGACGAAUCCAAGUUGAUGCGGUCAAAAUUCACGACAAGAUGGAAGAAGCUAUCCAAACUCUUGACGAUUUGGAAGCACAAGUUGCGGAAUUGGCAAAGCGGAAAACCGGCUCAGCAACACAAUUUAGGGACUGGAUUGAAGAGCUCGCAGAUGAAACGCAUCUCCCAGAGUCACGUCCUCGGACUCUCACACGACGCAUGUCUGUUCCUGAAGUCAAUGUUCCACAUGUUAUCACAGAACGGUACCUGGCUGACCUGAGCCGGAGACUCACAAGAGCUCGACACAGCCGUGCAAGAUACCUCGAUGAAUGGGAUCACCUACUACAAGAAGCAACUAACGUCCAAGCAAUUCUUGAUUCUGCCGCAUCGAAGCGCAUCGAAAUUGGCCAAGCAUCGCCAAACGCUCCCUUUAUGGAGCGUGUCACGCUCUUCACUCCCUAUACAAGGUAUCUCUACAGGUACUGGUUUCUACCAUACCUGAGAAUAUUCCUUGGUUGCUUCUUAUCUUUGGCAUCAUUUUGUAUUGUGUGGUCCGAGGUCACAAAGUCAAUCAACCCUUUGUUCUCAAUCAUCGCACUGACUAUUGUGCACCAUCCCACAAGCGAGCGCGGUCAAAUCGGAUUUGCCGGACAAGUUAUUGCCAGCUGUUGGAUAUUAUAUAUGUGUGCUGCAGCUUUGACUUCGCUAACAGUUGUGAAAGUGUGGCGGGGACGAGCGUUGGUAAGACGAAAUACCCAUGGAGAGAGUGCUAUGUGGUAUGCUAUGCAAGUAGCGAAGCUGUCAGUACCAUUGUCUUUCAACUUCUUGACAUUCCUAUCUCAGGAUAUCUACAUCAAUACAGUAUUCUACGACUUUCUGGGGAAGCUGAUCAACCUUACCGAUGUGGGAGCGUGGUUUGACUGGCUGUUUCCUUGCUUUAUCUUGGUGCCUGUUUGUGCUGCCAUUUUCAAUCUUUAUGGAAAGGUCGCAAACUGCACAGGUUUCGGUGGAGUCAUCGAUGAUGACGAGGAAGAGAACGAGUCUGGUUACGGCACUGGAUCGUGGCGAGAAGGCAGAGACCUUAUAGAGCGAGAAUUACAGGGCCAUUCUUCUCUUGGUAGACUUGAUCAAAGUUCAACAGACCGACGUCUUCACGUUCCGAAUAAUCCAAACAACCGGCCGGCACCGACUCUCUCGGUGCCUCCAGCACAAAGAGCCAGCAGUCCAGCACAAGCUUCAAGAACAAGGCCAAGCGCAGAACCUCAGUCGCAAGCGCCAAAAGAGCCCGAAGACGAAAACUUCUUCGAGGCAUUCGGCCAUCGGGUAAAGAAUACUCUCGAUACAAUGCAGACUCCGAAGUGGUUGCAGAACGCUGGUGAAGGAAUGAAACGGCCCAAAUGGAUGGGAGGAAGUGGAGAUUCUGAGCCGAGCGGUAGUGGCGGCGACUUUACGAAAUGGUUUGGUGGUAGCAGUCGGGAUGGGAGGGUCAGGUUAUAAGAGCCCAGUAAUUGAUUGCAUAGCAGAAGGCGUUUGUGUCAAUAGACUUGGGUAUACCAUCUUUACGAAACCAAUUUAACUUGUAUAUAAUGAUCCUUGAGGGUACACUGUUCAAUUAUUAUUAGGGGUACCUGUCUGUUGGAAGCGCAAUGUCUGUGAUAGUCACAAUAAUCGAACUGCUCGAG